UUCCUUUCCCCCACCCGGCUCCAAGCCUCCGGGCGGGUCUGGUUUCCUCCCGCUUGUUUCCGGCCGCUCUCCCUCCGCGUCGUCCCGGUCCCACUCCCCCGCCGCCUCUCUCCAAGGGCGGGCGCGGCGGCGGCGCUGCUUUGGAGGGGGCGAUGUACCCGCCGGGCUCCACCUGGAAUAUUUCCUUCGCCGGCUGCGGGUUCCUGGGGGUGUACCAUAUCGGGGUCGCCAGUUGCCUCCGGGAGCAUGCGCCUUUCUUGGUAGCCAACGCCAAGACCAUCUACGGCGCCUCGGCCGGAGCCCUGACGGCGACAGCGCUGGUGACCGGAGCCUGCUUGGGUGAGGCUGGUGCAAAUAUAAUUCAUGUCUCCAAAGAAGCACGGAAGAGGUUUCUUGGCCCUUUGCAUCCUUCCUUCAACCUGGUGAAAAUCAUCCGUAACUGCCUAUACAAGACUCUGCCAGACAAUGCGCAUGAGGUGGCCAGUGGCCACUUGGGCAUCUCUCUGACGCGCGUUUCUGAUGGAGAGAAUGUUAUACUGUCAGAGUUUAGCACUAAAGAGGAGCUUAUUCAGGCCUGUGUCUGCAGUGCUUUCAUCCCAGUAUACUGUGGUCUGAUCCCUCCAAGUCUUCAAGGAGUGAGGUAUGUCGAUGGAGGGAUUUCAGACAACCUGCCACAGUAUGAACUGAAGAACACUAUCACGGUAUCUCCCUUCUCGGGCGAGAGUGAUAUCUGUCCACGGGACAGUUCCACAAAUAUCCAUGAGCUCAGGGUGACCAAUACCAGCAUUCAGUUCAAUCUGCGCAACCUCUACCGCCUCUCGAAGGCCCUGUUCCCACCAGAGCCUCAGGUUCUGCGGGACAUGUGCAAGCAGGGAUACAAAGAUGCUUUGCAUUUCUUGAAGAAGAAUGGCCUCCUUCACCACCCGAGACCCACCCGCCCUCUCCUCGCCAUCAGAAAUGAGGAGGAAGAGAGAGAUCAUGAAGGAGAAGAAGAGGAUCAACUGAGAGAGAACACUGCAUUGGCAGAGGCUGAAGAACACAUUCUUGAACACUUGCCUCCUAAAUUAAACCAAGCCCUUUUGGAAGCCUGUGCUGAGAGGAGAGGACUGUUCUCUGGUAUUGCUAACCUCUUGCCAGUACGCUUGGCAUCCACCUUGAUGCUUCCGUAUACGCUUCCUCUAGAGUCUGCUGUUUCAUUCACUGUCAGAUUGCUUGAAUGGCUGCCAGAUGUUCCGGAGGAUAUCAGGUGGAUGAAAGAGCAGACUAGGAAAGUCUGCCACUAUCUCAUGAGAAAAGCCAAGAAGAAACUAGGGAGUCAUCUUUCAGCCAGGCUUUACUAUCAUCUAGAACUGAGAAAGACCCAAAGUUUGCCUCUGCCCUUGAACAUCGGCUAUGGGGAGGCACUGCCCAAGUGGUUGCGGAACAACCUCUCCCUGACGGAUGUUAUGACGAAAUGGGAAGAGUACCAGCGCCAGCUGAUGCUGGGGCUGUUCUGCAUCAACGUGGACCUGCAGGCUUCUAUCUUCCCCUUGGAAGGGCUCCAGAUGAGACACCCACCGCCAGACUGCACGCAAGAGAGCCUUGAUCUCUUCUGAGAUUCACCCAUGUGUUUGGGCAAGGGGAAAGGAGGGUGGGCGUUGCAUUUCAACAGCCUCCUAUUGGAGCUCAAAACACCUACAAAUGGGAUUCUUUGCAAGUGACUCGCACACUACUAGAACCUAUCAAAACAAGAUGGGUGUAUUGAGCAAUCCUGGAAAUGAGGAUGUCUGUAGGAUACCUGGCAAUUGCAGCACACGUGAUUGGUAUCUUGGCUGAACUGGGAAAAGUUUCAUUUUGGGGACCUCUAGGAGGCAUAACCUUGAACUUUUGCUGUUCCUUAGGAUUGGGACAUAAUCAGUGCUCUGCCAUUUUUGUUUGUCUGUUUUUAACCUUUGUUUUAAAUCAGUAUUGUAAAAUGUUUUUUGUUUUCAAAGAUUUUAGUCUUCUAGGAUCUUUUCUUUCUGUGCAAUGGAACAAGUUUUUUUUUAAAGGCAACCUAGAAUUAUUCAAUGUCACAUGAGCUUUUGAAACCAAGGCAGACCCUGGUUUUCAGCUCUCAGCAGAGGCAACUUGUAAGGCCCACCCAUGAUUCUUGUGCAAAAUGAUGUGGGUGCUGCUUCAUGUAAUACUAGAUGCUAAGAAUGCAGAACUGUUAAACCAACCCCCUCUGCUGCUAGGGUUUCUUGCUUUGUCAGACUUUCCCUGUUGUAAGGGAUGUUGUACUGGGGAACAAAGGACAAAAAAUUAGAAGCUGCUAUGUAUGAUUGCUAAAACUGCGUCUGCUCUGCUGUCUGUUUAGAUAUUGGCUGAAAUCCUGUUGUGUAAGUUAUACUGCAUAAGGCUGAUCAUGUCAUUAACCACAGGAAUUUUUCAGGAGUGAAACAUUUCUGAUUUCUUCCUCAAAGGUCCUGAGGUUCCCAUGGAAUCUCUUCCAUCAUUGCAAAGCUUUUGGGAGCUGGACAAUGAUGGAGGGAGUUUUUAAUUACCAAAAUUCACCACUGUUGGUAAAAUCAUUCUACUGGUUCCAAUUUUCAGUAGUUAAAAACUUUGGAGAGAAAUUUGAAGUGUUUUAUUUGAAAAAAAAAAAGCGGUGGCAGGUGACAUCAUUGGCCAUGCGCAGCAUAAUUUACAGCAACAGGACUUUAGUGGUUGAUAAUAUUUUUCUCUUCUUUUUUUACAAAAAAAUCCAAUGCCUGUUGGAUGCUUUGUUUUUCUUCUGUGAUGCAAUUUUAAGUUAGUUCUGUUAAGUCUCAUCAUGUAUAGUCAUAAAGAGAAUGGAAAGAAGGAUGGGAAAAGAAGCCAGGAGCUAAGACAGCUAAUGUAUGUUUCAGAAUGGUUUGUGAGUAUUUGAUUAUGUGAAACUGAUCAUGCAAGGAGAAGGGGUUUGGUUACAUUUGCAAAGGAGCAUCAGGCAGUUGCGAUCUGGAGGGCAAAAUCAACACAAACAGGUUUAACUUUGUCUGUGGCUCUGUACCUGCUUGUGCCAUCAUUGAAUUUAGGCCCUUUUGGAAGAAACUGAGAGACCCAAAAGAGCUUUUAUUGUCAUACGCACUGCAGUGAAAUAUGGGUAAGUAAGGAGGAUCUAAAUCUGAGGAUCCCAGACUGGGCAACAGGAGGGUCAGAGAUGGUUUAUAAGUCAGAGGCACUCAAUGAAAUGUGCAUCCUUCUUUGCAUUCUCUGGAUCAGGCAUGAGCAGAGUAUGGCCAUCCAGUUGUUGCUUGAUGACAUUACCAGUGGCUGUGCUGCCUAGGGUUGAUUGGAUUUACUGUCCAACAACAUCUGGAGAAUGCUGUACAUGUUAAACCAGCAACACUGAACUCACAUUUUAUUGAAAUAACAAAACAUAGGAGUGUAUGCCUGUAGGUUAACCUGGAGAUAUUUUUCAACCUACUAUAGUUAGUUGAUGAAGCCAGAAAGGUGUUUAACUAUUUGCCAGGUUCCAAAAGUUUCCAGAGUUGAAAAUCUGGUUCAUGAUGGCAAUGUUCUCGCCAAUAACCCCCUUUGUUGAAAAUUUGCUAAAGGUGAAACACUCCAUGCAAUAGAACAUGUCCUGCCAGCUGUGUAGAGUCCCCUUUUCCCAUCGCGCCGUAUCACAUUGUGAUGUAGCUACACAAAUUGUCACCAGCACUGAACUUCUUUCUCUUGUGUUUCACUGCUGUUGCCUUGGUCCUGCUACUGUGUAAUAUGGCAAAGAUGUACGGUGACCACAGUGCAAGCAGGGUCUCCUUUCAUAUAGCAAGACUGUUGCUAUCUCUCUUCCCCACCUGUCCCCAUUGGAAUCUGGAUAUAUAGUGUUCCUCUUUUUGUCCCUGUUGUAAUGUUUUAGAACAAAAGCAUGCAUCUUAUGCUACUGGCUUAUUGAUCUAUCUGUACUUGUGCGGGGAGGGGAUGGUCAUUUUCCUUGAAUCAGCUACUUAUUUUUUCUCUUUUACCACCAUCAGCUUGGUGGAGAUACCAAAGACAACACAAUGGACGGGGUGAAAGAAAGAGAUGCUUUAGUACUUACUUCAAUAUUAAUCGUAGUGGAUUUUUGGUGCCAAGGGAGAAUAAAAGAAUGGAUGUAGCUGGGCACACAUACUUCACUAUAUAGUGUGGAUUUGUGUUUGUGUGUGCCAAAGUAGGUAAAAUGUGACUUGCUGUACAGCUGAGUUACAUGCAGCUCUCUGUUAGCAAGGACCAAUGAGGUACCCCUGCUCGUUUGUUUUGAUUUUCAGUUGUGUAUAAAAUGGGAAUUAUUAUCCUGUGGCUGCAACCAAGACCACACUAAUUAGGAGUGCAAAACCUGCUGGUAGCCAGAUGCCUAGGACAGCUAUUAUCCAACUCACAGCAUUUCAGAAAAAAAUACUUUAAUCUGUUGAAUGUUCACAGUGGUGAUGCUGUUAAAUUAUUCACUGCAGAAAGCAAUCUUUCAGCCUUUAAUAGGGUGCUUGCAUAGUAUGCUUUUGGGUCCAAAUCAAUUUUGUUAACAUUUUUUAAAAACAAGUAAUACGAAAAAUUAGAGCACUUAGUUAAGAAGCUUUUGUGAUUAAGCAGGAUGGGAGUGGUGAGGGGUUAGCCCUGUGGCCAAUUGAACAGUCAUUCUCCUAUACUUUUAUGUAAACACUCUGGGUGGCAAGGAGUUCUAAGCAAAUAUUUGCUUUAGUUUGGACAGCUAUAUAAAGUUGUAGAAGACCCGUGUCUCCCUCCACAGAAUCUAACUCUGGCUUCUGGGAUCUCUGCUGACCUUAAAUAAAUUAGUUAGGAUUUACUAUUAAGAAUAUUUCUGCCAGAGGAUGUGCCUUUUAAAAUCAUCUGCUGGAUCUUU